AUGGUUAUGCUUGCUGAUCAUCGAAGUCGGCGAAAUCCAUUCUCACUCUCACAUACAUCUCUAAUAAACUUUACUAACAAAAUUAUUCCACUGCUUUCCGUCAUCCGACUAGUAUUACCACUUCAAUUUCAAAAUCCAUUUAUGCAGCAGAAACAAGUACCAAAUCAAUCGUUGAACAUUCCCUUCGUGAAUUUAUCGAAAUUUAAUCGUUCAUCCAGUAAUUUUUUACUCGCUACACUCGGAGCGAAAUCCUAUGGAACCAUAACUUUUCGUAGAAAUUAUUCUAAUCGUGCAAAUUUUAUUCGGAUACCUCCAGAUGCUCCGCCAACACAAGUGAGAGAACUAUUCUUUCGACAGCGGCAACAUCACAGACCAGCACUUGUGAUAUCUGUCACAGGCAGCGUUAGAGAGUAUAGUAUGAAAUCGAAACUAUUUCGAACGUUUCGUCAAGGUCUUCUCAAAGUCGCUAAGACAACUGAUGUUUGGUUAUUGACAAAUGGUAUUAGUACAAGUGUAACAAAGCUCAUAGGAGAAAUUAGCCGAACAAAUCCUGACCCAUCCCGGCCUAUUCACUUGAUUGGGAUCGCACCGUGGGGAUGUGUUUCUGGCGUUGAGCAACUCGAUGUACAUGGAGUCAAUGUCGUGUACAAUAAACCAAAGACCAAUGAGAACAAUCAGAGUUCACUGGAACGAAAUCAUGCGCAUUUUAUAUUUAUCGAUGAUGGAACGAAACAACAAUUCGGCGGCGAAGUACAAUUUCGAGGACGAUUUGAAAAAUCCAUAUCAGGCGAAUCCUGUUUUUUACAAAGUUCAACGAAGCAAAAGUCAACACACACGAGAAAUAUUCCGGUAGUUCUCAUCGUGAUCGAAGGUGGAUUUGAUACGAUUAAAAAAAUUCAUGAAACAGUGAUGAAAAAUCAAAUUCCUGUCGUGCUCUUGGAAGGAACCGGUGGCUGUUGUGAUUUAUUUGGGAAAUUCAUGCAUUUGUAUGACGAAUACGAUUCAAAUGUGACAACAAAUGAACAAACAAGUGAUCAUUCAUUGUCCGUCAAUGAGAAAACUGAAUUUGUGAAGACAAAACUUCGAGAAAAGUUGCAGAUAAACGAUUCGAAAUUAAACACAAGUUCAAGUACGGAAACAUCAAAUGCAACGGAUGGAACUGAUUACUUUCAGCUCAUCUAUGAGUGUAUUCAUACACGAAGAGUUUAUUUGAAUUUUAUCGAUUUAAAACUGCACAGUCCUACGGAAGCCGAUUUAGAUUUGGCUAUCCUUCAAGCACUUCUCAAUGUGACAUCAGAAAACGAUUCAUCAAACGUGAACAAUGAGUAUCGACGUGAACAAUUAAAUUUAGCAUUUGAAUGGAAACGAAUUGAUAUUGUGAAAAAUUUUAUUAUGAAAGAUGAAAGAGACUGGAAGACAAUUGAUGUUAGUGAUUUAUUCAUUAAAGCCCUUCAGCAAAACCAAGCAAGUUUUAUUCAAUUAUUUCUCGAUCAUGAUUUUCCAUUGGAUGAUCUCUUUCAAGAUGAUGAUAAUCGAUUAAUAGCCCUUUACGAAACUGAGAAUUAUCAAAUAACAGAUAACCUUAAUCAUCCAUUACGAUCGAUUUAUCAUGAAAUAAUUCAACCACUGAUCGGUGAUUUCUUUCAAGCUGAUGCAAUUUUUGAUUGCGACGAUUGCUCAUUGAAUGAUUCAUCAUCGAUGAUGAGUGCGCUCGAUGCCGAAAAAGAACUUUUUCUUUGGUCAGUAAUUACUGGUAAACAAGAUCUAGCGUUAUUAUUUUGGGCUCGAGGAAAGAACAAAAUCUGUGCAGCAUUGAUUGCAACAUUGCUGUACAAGAGCAAAGCACGAAAAGAAAAGGACGAGCAUUACAUUGAAUGGGCUGAUGAAUUUCAAAGUUUAGCUGUGGAAAUUCUCGAGAAGUUUUAUGUAACAAAUACAUUUGAAUGUACUCAAGCAAUUAUACGCGAAAUUCCACAAUUUGGAAAUGUUACUUGGUUGCAUUUAGCUGUUAUGGCUGAAGCGAAAUUGUUUAUUGCAGAAAAAGCAGUACAAGAUGUUCUUAGUGAUAUUUGGUAUGGUUAUAUUGAUCAUCGAGUUGGAAAUAAGAAAAUUGUUAUGACUAGCUUUCUGCUUUUCUACAGCGGAUUUCUUCCUUAUCAUAAAGAAUUAGUCGAAGGUAGUGAUAAAGCCGAUAAACAUUAUAAUUAUGACGAUGAAUUCAGUCUUUUCUCAAUACGUUCAUCACGAUCAGCAUCGAAAUCAGAAGGGUCGCCAGAUGCAGCAUGUGCAAAAUUGAUGGAUGAUAAUCUAGAUGAAGAAGAACAUUCGGUUGUUGUUCGAAAUAACAAUUCCUGGAAAAGAUUAAAGUGCUCUACCAACCAAUAUUUGAAAAAUGUUCUGAUGUUUCUUCAUGCUCCAUGUAUAAAAUAUCUGUAUAGUGUCUACUUUCAUAUGAUCUUUCUAAUGCUGUUUUCUUAUGUUAUCUUAUUUGAUUUUUUUCCAUUGUACGAUUUUGUAUCGGGCAAAUGUCUUAUAAGUUCCGAUGAUGAUGAUCCUACUACUGAAAUGUCCGUACGUCGAGUUAGAAAACGGUCGAUUCUGAAUAAGACAACCACAGAAAACCCUCGAGUACAAUAUGGUUACCAGCAGCACACUCGACCGAGCGCAACUGAAAUAGUUCUUAUUGUAUGGAUGUUCACCUUGCUUUGUGAAGAAAUUCGUCAAAUAUUUGCAAUGGAAGUUCAAUCGAUUCUUGGCAAACUGUUUGCAUAUAUCGACAUAUUCUGGAACAAACUAGAUGUAUUGGCGAUCUUAUUAUUCUUCAUUGCAUUUGUACUUCGAUUUAUCCCUGUUAGUGAAUGUUUUUGUACUGCAAGAAUUAUUCUAGCUAUUGAUUUAUCUAUUUGGUACAUACGAACGUUGGACACAUUUUCUGCAGUCAAACGUUUAGGACCAAAAUUGGUUAUGAUAGGAGAAAUGGUCUAUGAUAUGAAGUUUUAUAUGGUGAUGUUAACUGUAUUUAUCUUAGCAUAUGGUGUACCGACGUAUAGUUUAAUGUAUGGUGUAGAAAAAUUCUCAUGGCACAUACCGCGAGCAAUAAUUAAUAUAGCUUAUUGGCAAAUAUUCGGUGAAUUAACCAUCAUUGACGAGAUUGAAAGAAAUUACGAAAUUGGUGGUUAUGUUGUCUUCUUCCUUCUAAUUGCAUACAUGACUGUUGCGAGUGUUCUUUUGAUCAAUCUUCUUAUUGCCAUGUUCAGUAACACAUUUGAUCGAUUACAUAUGGACACGGAUUGUAUAUGGAAGUUCCAGCACUAUUCAUUAGUUUCGCAUUAUUUAACACGUCCGUGUCUUCCACCACCAUUGGUGAUCUUUUCGCAUAUCUACCAAAUAAGCAUCUAUUGCUUUUCACAUAUGUUCCAUAUCAAAUGGUUUGAAGAGAAAUACAUUCAACAUCAAAAUCAAGGAAAAUUUAAAAUUGUUGUGAACGAAACAUUGACGAAGAAAAUUGAAGGGAUUGAAGAUGCCAUAGGAAAUGAAGUUUAUUAUCUGUCAUUGAAAACGGAUCGCAAACAAAUUGAUCGUCAAAAUGACUUGAACGAACAACGAGUACAUUCUCCACAAGAAAUCGUUUUGAACAAAAUCAAAAUUCUCGAAAAUCAAAUUCAAACAAUAGAAAAUCAUCAAAGCAAUAUAUUGGCGGUGACGAUAUCGAAAUGCCAAAACAGCGUCGUGCUGAUUUGGAAGCCACUUGAAAAUGUUACACGUGAAUUGACAUCAAAAUAUCAUCCGAUGUGCCAACCAAUUUAUGAAAUGAGAAUAUUUUUCGGUCUGUUACUCGACUUGUAUCAUCAGAGAAAUAAACAUCAUUCUUAA